GCCCUGGUGUGAGCUCUGGCUGGACCAAGACAUGGACUGUAUUGGCCUGGAGACCGCAUGUGUGGGCUCCCCAUCCACGUGGGACAUAUCGAGCUGGCCCCCGAAAGGACACUCCCCAAGUCCCCAGCUGGGGGCCCUGCGUAGACCUGGAGUGGACGCCCCCUCCUUCCCUUCAUGAUUCGUUUGUAGCGCAGUGGCGAUGGAUGAUGAGGAUGGGAGAUGCUUACUAGACGUGAUUUGUGACCCUCAGGCCCUCAAUGACUUCUUACAUGGAUCUGAGAAGCUUGACAGUGAUGACCUCCUGGAUAAUCCCGGGGAGGCCCAAAGUGCCUUCUAUGAAGGUCCUGGGCUCCACGUGCAAGAAGCUUCUGGCAACCACUUGAACCCAGAGCCCAGCCAGCCGGCCCCCAGCGUGGACCUUGACUUCCUGGAAGAUGAUAUCCUGGGCUCACCGGCGGCGGGGGGCGGCGGCGGGGGCGGCGGGGGCGCCGACCAGCCCUGUGACAUCCUCCAGCAGAGCCUCCAGGAGGCCAACAUCACCGAGCAGACACUCGAAGCCGAGGCCGAGCUGGACCUGGGCCCCUUCCAGCUGCCCACCCUGCAGCCUGCGGAUGGCGGGGCCGGCCCAGCGGGGACCGGAGGGGCUGCCGCCGUGGCCACGGGGCCCCAGGCCCUCUUCCCGGGUGGCGCUGACCUGCUGGGGCUGCAGGCCCCGCCCACCGUGCUGACCCACCAGGCCCUGGUGCCGCCCCAGGACGUGGUCAGCAAAGCCCUCAGUGUCCAGCCCUUCCUGCAGCCCAUGGGCCUGGGCAAUGUGACCCUGCAGCCCAUCCCAGGCCUUCAGGGCCUGCCCAACGGCAGCCCCGGGGGCGCCGCGGCGGCUACUCUCGGCCUGGCUCCCAUCCAGGUGGUGGGCCAGCCUGUCAUGGCACUCAACCCGCCCACCUCCCAGCUCCUGGCCAAGCAGGUGCCAGUCAGCGGUUAUCUGGCUUCGGCAGCUGGCCCUUCAGAGCCAGUGACCCUGGCAUCAGCCGGAGUCUCGCCGCAGGGGGCUGGCCUGGUCAUCCAGAAGAACCUCUCUGCCGCCGUGGCCACCACGCUCAACGGGAACUCGGUGUUCGGAGGGGCGGGAGCCGCCACGGCCGCGGCCACCGGGGCGCCCUCGGGACAGCCGCUGGCGGUGGCCCCGGGCCUCGGCACGUCGCCACUGGUUCCGGCGCCCAAUGUGAUCCUGCACCGCACGCCCACGCCCAUCCAGCCCAAGCCUGCCGGCGUGCUGCCCCCCAAGCUCUACCAGCUGACACCCAAGCCGUUCGCCCCCGCGGGCGCCACGCUCACCAUCCAGGGCGAGGCAGGGGGCCUCCCGCAGCAGCCCAAGGCCCCCCAGAACCUGACUUUCAUGGCGGCGGGCAAGGCCGGCCAGAACGUGGUGCUGUCGGGCUUCCCGGCGCCCGCCCUGCAGGCGAACGUCUUCAAGCAGCCUCCCGCCACCACCACGGGCGCGGCCCCGCCGCAGCCCCCCGGGGCGCUGAGCAAGCCCAUGAGCGUGCACCUCCUGAAUCAAGGCGGCAGCAUCGUCAUCCCCGCCCAGCACAUGCUGCCGGGCCAGAACCAGUUCUUGCUGCCCGGCACGUCGGCAGUCCAGCUCCCCCAGCCGCUCUCGGCCCUGCCAGCCAACGUGGGCGGGCAGAUCCUGGCGGCCGCAGCCCCGCAUGCGGGCGGACAGCUCAUUGCCAACCCCAUCCUCACCAACCAGAACCUGGCGGGCCCGCUGAGCCUGGGCCCCGUGCUGGCCCCCCACUCCGGGGCCCACAGCGCAGCCCACAUCCUCUCGGCAGCCCCCAUCCAGGUGGGCCAGCCAGCGCUCUUCCAGAUGCCCGUGUCGCUGGCCGCGGGCAGCCUGCCCACACAGAGCCAGCCAGCACCCACCGGCCCCGCCGCCACUACCGUUCUCCAGGGGGUCACUCUGCCCCCCAGCGCUGUGGCUAUGCUCAAUGCCCCCGACGGUCUGGUGCAGCCCGCCACCCCUGCCGCCGCCGCCGGGGAGGCCGCGCCUGUCCUCGCGGUGCAGACGGCGCCCCAGGCGUCCCCCGCGGUCAGCACGCCGCUGCCUCUGGGCCUCCAGCAGCCGCAGGCACAGCAACAGCAGCAGCCCGCACAGGGCCCUGCCCCGCAGGCCGCCCCAGCUCAGGCCUCCACCCCCCAGCCCAGCCCAGGCCUGGCGUCCAGCCCGGAGAAGAUUGUCCUGGGGCAGCCGCCCUCUGCCGCCGCCACGGCCAUCCUCACUCAGGACUCCCUGCAGAUGUUCCUGCCCCAGGAGAGGAGCCAGCAGCCCCUCUCCACAGAGGGCCCCCACCUCUCCGUGCCCGCCUCGGUCAUAGUCAGCGCCCCGCCUCCCGCCCAAGACCCAGCCCUGACCACCCCCAUCACCAAAGGAGCUGGCCUUGGCCCUCAGGCCCCCGACAGCCAGGCCUCCCCGGCGCCGGCCCCCCAGAUCCCAGCAGCGGCUCCGCUGAAGGGCCCAGGCCCCUCCUCAUCCCCAUCACUACCUCACCAGGCCCCUCUGGGAGACAGCCCUCACCUGCCCUCCCCACACCCUCCACGGCCCCCUUCCCGCCCGCCCUCCCGACCCCACUCUCGCCCACCUUCGCAGCCCCAGAGCUUGUCUCGCCCACCCUCAGAGCCCGCCCUGCACCCUUGCCCUCCGCCCCAGGCCCCCCCCACUCUGCCUAGCAUCUUUGUCAUCCAGAACCAGCUGGGCGUGCCCCCACCUGCGAGCACGCCGGCCCCCACUGCCCCAGGCCCACCGCAGCCCCCUCUGCGACCCCCGUCCCAGCCCUUGGAGGGGCCGCUGGCCCCAGCCUCCACCUCCUCUGUCGUGGCCUCCUCCUCCGAGACGUCCUCCAGGCUGCCAGCCCCCACGCCACCCGACUUCCAGCUCCAGUUCCCCCCUGGCCAGGGGCCCCACAAGUCCCCCACGCCCCCUCCGACCCUCCACCUGGUCCCCGAGCCCGCAGCGCCCCCCCCACCGCCUCCUCGGACCUUCCAGAUGGUGGCCACCCCCUUCCCGGCGCUGCCCCAGCCGAAGGCUCUUCUCGAGAGAUUUCACCAGCCCUGGUUCCUGGCCGCCCCCACUCCUAGCGUGUGCCCCCCAGCCACCUGUCGCCCUCCUCAGGUGCCGUCCGGAAUCAUUCUCCAGAGCAAGGCUGUGGGUGCCCCCGCCGCCCCGCAGACCUCCGCCAGCCUGGGGCCCCUUGGCAGCCCCACCGCCUCCGGGCUGGUCAGCGGGCAGGCCCCAUCUGGGACCUCCACCGCCCCCAGCCAUGCCCCGGCCCCGGCGCCCGUGGCCACUGCAGGCCUCCCUCCUCUGCUUCCCGCUGAGAACAAAGCCUUUGCCAGCAACCUCCCGACCCUGACUGUGGCCAAGGCCGCUGCAUCUGGGCCAGGGAAGUCCUCCGGGCUGCAGUAUGAGAGCAAGUUGAGCAGCCUGAAGAAACCACCUGUCCUUCAGCCCAGCAAAGAAGCCUGCUUCCUGGAGCAUUUGCACAAACAUCAGGGCUCCGUCCUGCACCCUGACUACAAGACGGCCUUCCCCUCCUUUGAGGACGCCCUGCAUCGCCUCCUGCCCUACCACGUCUACCAGGGUGCCCUCCCCUCCCCCAACGACUACCACAAAGUGGACGAGGAGUUUGAGACGGUCUCCACGCAGCUGCUGAAACGCACCCAGGCCAUGCUCAAUAAAUACCGCCUCCUGCUCUUGGAGGAGUCCCGGAGGGUGAGCCCCUCAGCGGAGAUGGUAAUGAUCGACCGAAUGUUCAUUCAGGAGGAAAAGACCACGCUGGCCUUGGACAAGCAGCUGGCCAAGGAGAAGCCUGAUGAGUAUGUGUCUUCCUCGCGUUCCCUCGGCCUCCCCAUCGCCGCCUCUUCCGAGGGACACCGGCUCCCCAGCCACGGCCCAUCACCGUCCUCGGCGUCCGGGGCCCCGACCCAACCCCCUCUGCACCUGCCCACCAAGCUGGUGAUCCGGCACGGUGGGGCGGGCGGCUCCCCUUCCGUGAGCUGGGCCCGGGCGUCCUCCUCCUCCCUGUCCUCCGCUGCCUCCUCCCUGGACGCCGACGAGGACGGCCCGAUGCCCUCCCGUAACCGCCCGCCCAUCAAGACCUAUGAGGCCCGGAGCCGCAUCGGCCUCAAGCUCAAGAUCAAACAGGAAGCCGGACUCAGCAAGGUCGUGCACAACACAGCCCUGGACCCGGUGCACCAGCCCCCGCCGCCAGCCCCCGCCGCCCUCAAGGCGGCCGAGCCCCCGCCCCGGCCCCCGCCGCCGCCCCCCGCCACCGGCCAGAUGAACGGCACAGUGGACCACCCGCCGCCGCCGGCUGCCGCCGACCGCAAGCCGCCGGCGCCGGCCCCCCACUGCCCCCGCCUGCCCCUCCGCAAGACCUACCGCGAGAACGUGGAGGCCCCGGGCGGCGGGGCGGCCGAGGGGGCGGUGGCGGGCAGAGCCCGGGGUGGCAGCCCGGCCCCGCUGCCCACCAAAGUGGACGAGGCCACCAGCGGGCUCAUCCGCGAGCUGGCGGCGGUGGAGGACGAGCUGUACCAGCGCAUGCUGAAGGGCGCCCCGGCCGAACCCGCGGCCGGCGCCGGGCAGGGCAGCGGCAGCCGGGAGCCCGGCUGGGAGGCGCCCCCGCUGCCCCCGGCCAAGCGGCGCAAGUCCGAGUCGCCCGACGUGGACCAGGCCAGCUUCUCCAGCGACAGCCCGCAGGACGACACACUCACGGAACACCUCCAGAGCGCCAUCGACAGCAUCCUGAACCUCCAACAGGCCCCCGGCCGGACGCCCGCACCCCCGUACCCACACGCCGCCCCGGCGGCGGUCACGUCUGCCUCCCCGACGCCCCUGCACAGGCCGGAGGCCUACCCGCCCUCCAGUCACAACGGUGGCCUCGGCGCCAGGACGUUGAACAGAUAACACCGGGCUGGUCUUCCCUUCCCUGUCCCCUCGCUCCGCAGGGACGCCGCGGGGAGGGGGGAGGGGGGCAGCCGGGCGUCUGACCUCAGCCUCCUGGGGGACACGAGCCGGGGACCCCUUGAGUUUUUCUUGCCUAAGUUAUUUGAGUCACAAAGGCCUCGUCCCCCACCUCCUGCUUCAGCCGGGUUGUUGGGUGGGGGUCGUGGAUUUCGGGGAGGGGCUGUAAUGUAAACUGUCCCCCUGCCAAAGGAGGGGGUAAUCCUGGUGUGUCGUUUCCUAUUUCUUCCCAUUUCCUGCACACUCCGCCCCCCCCCCCCCCCCCACCGGGGGACACGUGCGCUUUUGCCAGGGAUGAGGGCUUCCUGGCUGUCCCCACUGCUCACGCGUCUCCGGGUACCGGGCCUGUCCGUGUGGCUUCAUGGAUCCCUGCGUGGAGGGCGCUCAGAGCCGGCAGGGUCCUUGCGAGCUGCGCUCAGCCUCUCCCCACCGCCCCCCACAGGCCGAGAAAGGAAACGCACGGGAGGGGCGGCGUGAGCCUGCAUCCCGGUACCCCCAGCUGGGAGCGCUGUGCCCGCGGGCAGCUGUGUCCCAUCCAUGUGUGUGCGUCCCGCUCCGUGUCCUAUGUCCCUCUGUGUGCGCUCGAAUGAGAACGAGAGAUUGCGAAGCCUCCAGUCCCUCGACUGAAAUCCGAGCACCUCCAAAACAGGAAACCGGGGUCUUCCUCCCACCCCCUCCCCAGCCAGUCUUCCCUCUGUUCUUCCUGCCGCCAGCCACCCACGCCAGAUUUCGAAAUCUUGGAGACAAAACUAGUACUGUAAGAUAAAUUUUUUUGUACUGUAUUUAUUGUGUAUAACGAUUUUUUUAAAG